AUGGAGAUGGAGAGUACCGAUGAUGUUAAAAUUUACAAACAGUUAUGUGAAGCUAUGUAUUUUUAUGAGCAUCUUCGAGCGUCCGAGGGAAAGAAAAGGCCCGCAGUAGCUUUCAUGGAGACGGUCCAGGAAGACAUUACACCGAGCAUUCGUGCAAUCCUAAUAGACUGGCUUGUUGAGGUUGCUGAAGAUUAUAGGCUGCUUCCUGAAACAUUGUAUUUGACUAUCAACUACGUAGACCGAUACCUUUCAGGUAAUCCCAUUCAUCUUUAUAAAAUUCAGUUACUUGGUGUUGCUUGCAUGAUGAUUGCUUCAAAGUAUGAGGAAAUAUGUGCACCGAAUGUGGAAGAAUUCUGCAACUUAACCGAGAACAUAUACUCCAACGAUGAGGUAUUGCAAAUGGAAUCCUCUGUUCUAAAUUUCUUAAACUUUGAGAUGACUGCUCCUACCGUAACAUGUUUCUUAAAUUUAUUUUUGGUUUCUGAUGCUCAAAUGGAUAUAUAUAAUAUGGGCAUUCAUCCAAUGCGAUUAGAGUUUUUGGCAAGCUACAUAUCUGACUUGUCUCUUCUCAGGUAUAGUAUGCUACGAUACGCUCCUUCUCUCAUUGCUGCAUCGGCGAUUUUUUUAGCAAGAUUUUUACUUAUGCCAUCACUGAAACCAUGGAAUCUGAUAUUGAGAUACUACACUCUGUACCAGCCAUCAGAUUUACAAAAAUGUGUCAAGACUCUCCACUCUCUUGUUUGUAAAUGUCCGAAUUUUGAGUUAAAAGCAAUCAGAGAAAAGUACAGUCAACAUAAGUACAAAUAUGUAGCGAAUAUCACUUGUCCUGCAUCGAUACCAUUGGAGAAUUUCGACAACAUUCGCAGCCCUCUUGAUAGACAGAUGGAUCCCGCAAGUAGCUAAAUUUUUCAACUUUCAGUUGGAUAGAUGGAUGCAUGGGUUGCUU